AUGUAUCGUUUGAACGGAUUGGGUUCCCCUUUAAGCACCGGCAGCACCAUAUCGACAGCCUCCAACAGUCCGCCGCCGGCGCAGGCGGGUAUGAGCGGGGGCGCGGGGGGCACCAGCGGCGCGGCGCGCCCCUCCUCACCGCCCGCCCCCGCGCCUCGCUGUUGCGAUACCGGCCGACCUAUUUUCCAAGACCCUAUCACAGGACAAACAGUCUGCUCAUGCCAGUACGAGUUCCUCAACUACCAGCGUUUGGCAUCAGGCGUCCCCCUGUCGAUGUAUAGCGCUCCAUACUCCGACGCCGCAGCUGCCACGGCCGCCGGCAUGGCCGCCUACUUCCCGGCCCUCGCCGCUGACCAGCCACCUUUCUACACGAAUGCUGCCGCUGGAAUCGAGCUGAAGGAGAAUUUGGCGGCGAGUGCAGCCAGCUGGCCCUAUCCGACAGUCUACCAUCCCUACGACGCGGCGUUCGCAGGAUACCCUUUCAAUGGAGUAAAAUUAUGCCCCGAGAAACUUUUGCUAGCCGCGAUAAACACCUGUAUUUCUGGCGCCGCGGAUAGCCUCGUUCUAUACGAAAAUCGCGGUCUCGCGCGCCAACCGAAAGACCUGAAACGAAAACAAUGUGACUACAGAGUUGGGAAGGAGAUGGCG